CCGAACGGGGUGACCUUCACCUGUAACACGGGUUACGUACUGAACGGCGCUGCUGCUGCGACGUGCCAAGCUGACGGAACGUGGAGUAAUCCCGUUCCAACAUGCAUACCGGUUCAAUGUCCGACUCUGAUAGCCCCAACAAACGGACAGCUGAGACCUACCGGAGCGGUCUCCUACCCAAACGGGAUCAUCUUCACCUGUAACCCGGGAUACGUACUGAACGGUGCUGCUGCUGCGUCGUGCCAAGCUGACGGAACAUGGAGUAACCCUGUUCCAACAUGCACACGCAUUCAAUGUCCUGCUCUAAUAGCCCCGAGUAACGGAGCGAUAAGUCCUACCGGAGUCAUCUCCUACCCAAACGGGGUCACCUUCACCUGUAACACGGGUUACGUACUGAACGGCGCUGCUGCUGCGACGUGCCAAGCUGACGGAACAUGGAGUAACCCUGUCCCAACGUGCACACCUAGACAAUGUCCAACGUUGACGGCCCCAAAUAACGGGAACUUAAGUCCCCUCGGACCACACGUCUACCCAAACGGGGUCACCUUUACCUGUAACCCGGGAUACGUACGGAACGGUGCUGCUGCUGCAACGUGCCAAGCUGACGGGACUUGGAGCAAUUCUGCUCCAACAUGCACACCGAUUCAAUGUCCGGGUCGGACGGCCCCAACUAACGGAGCGGUGAGCCCUACCGGAGCGGUCUCCUAUCCAAACGGGGUCAUCUUCAACUGUAACACGGGAUACGUACUGAACGGCGCCGCUGCUGCGACGUGCCAAGCUGACGGAACAUGGAGUAAUCCUGUCCCAACAUGCACACCAAACGUUCAAUGUCCGACUCGGUCGGCCCCAAUUAACGGAGCCGUGAGUCCGACCGGAGUGAUAUCAUUUCCAAACGGGGUCACCUUCACCUGUAACCCGGGUUACGUACUGAACGGCGCUGCUGCUGCGACGUGCCAAGCUGACGGAACAUGGAGUAAUCCUGUACCAACAUGCACACCUGUUCAAUGUUCGUCUCGAACGGCACCAACUAACGGAGUCGUGAGUCCUGCCGGAGCGGUCUCCUACCCAAACGGGGUCACCUUCACCUGUAACCCGGGAUACGUACUGAACGGCGCUGCUGAUGCGACGUGCCAAGCUGACGGAACAUGGAGCAACCCUGUUCCAACAUGCACACCCAGACCAUGCCCAACAUUGACGGCCCCAACUAACGGUGCUCUAAGUCCUCUCGGACCACACGUCUACCCAAACGGUGUUAUCUUCACCUGUAACACGGGAUACGUACGGAACGGCGCUGCUGCUGCGACGUGCCAAGCUGACGGAACUUGGAGUAAUCCUGUUCCAAUAUGCACACCGGUUCAAUGUCUGACUCUAUCAGCACCAACUAACGGAGCGGUAACUCCUACCGGAGCGGUCUCCUACCCGAACAGUGUCACCUUCACCUGUAACACGGGAUACCAACUAAACGGUUUUUCUGCAGCGACGUGCCAAGCUGACGGAACGUGGAGUAACCCGGUUCCAACGUGCACACCGGUCCAAUGUCCAGCUCGGACGGCCCCGAUUAACGGAGCGGUGAGUCCUACCGGAGCGGUCUCCUACCCAAACGGGGUCACCUUCACCUGUAACACGGGAUACGUACGGAACGGUGCUGCUGCUGCGACGUGCCAAGCUGACGGAACAUGGAGUAAUCCUGUUCCAACGUGCACACAAAGACAAUGUCCAACGUUAACGGCCCCGCCUAACGGUGCGCUCAGUACCACAGCGACAUCCUACCAGACUGUGGUCACCUUCACCUGUAACACGGGAUACAUGCUGAACGGUGCUGCUGAUGCAACGUGCCAAGUUGACGGAACAUGGAGUAAUCCUUUUCCAACAUGCACACCCAGACCAUGCCCGACAUUGACGGCCCCAACUAACGGUGCCUUAAGUCCUCUCGGACCACACGUCUAUCCGAACGGUGUUACCUUCACCUGUAACACGGGAUACGUACGGAACGGCGCUGCUGCUGCGACGUGCCAAGCUGACGGAACAUGGAGCAAUCCUGUUCCAACAUGCACACCGGUUCAAUGUCUGACUCUAACAGCACCAACUAACGGAGCGUUGAGUCCUACCGGUUUGGUCUCCUACCCGAACAGUGUCACCUUCACCUGUAACACGGGAUACCAACUAAACGGUUUUUCUGCAGCGACGUGCCAAGCUGACGGAACAUGGAGUAACCCGGUUCCAACGUGCACACAGAAUCAAUGUCCGACGUUGACGGUCCCAACCAACGGUGCGCUCAGUACCACAUCAACUUCCUACCAGACCGUGGUUACGUUCAUCUGUCACACGGGUUACGUACUGAACGGUGAUUCCAAUACGACGUGCCAAGCCGACGGAACAUGGACUAACCCUGUUCCAACAUGCACACGUAUUUUUUUUUUCAUUGCAGCUGUCCAAUGUCCGACUCUGACAGAUCCUACUAACGGAAUGCUGAGACCUACAGGAGUGAUCUCCUACCCGAACAGUGUCAGUUUCACCUGUAACACGGGAUAUCAACUAAUCGGCUUUGGUGCUGCAACGUGCCAAGCUGACGGAACAUGGAGCAAUUCUGUUCCAACAUGCACACCGAUUCAAUGUCCGACGUUGACAACACCAACUAACGGAGCUGUGAGUCCUACCGAAGUGAUCGCAUACCCGAACAGUGUCACCUUCACCUGUAACACGGGAUAUCAACUGAACGGCUUUGCUGCUGCAACGUGCCAAGCUGACGGAACAUGGAGCAAUUCUGUUCCAACAUGUACAGUCCAAUGUCCAACUCUGAUAGCCCCGAGUAACGGAGCAGUGAGUCCUACCGGAGCGGUCUCCUACCCAAACGGGGUCACUUUCACCUGUAACCCGGGAUACGUACUGAACGGCGCUGCUGCUGCGACGUGCCAAGCUGACGGGACAUGGAGUAAUCCAGUUCCAACAUGCACACCCAUAAGAUGUCCAACGUUGACGGCCCCAGCUAAUGGAGCGCUCAGCACCACAGUAGCAUCUUAUCAGACAGUGGUCAGCUUUAUCUGCAACACGGGAUACGUACGGAACGGCUUUCUUAAUACGACGUGCCAAGCUGACGGAACGUGGACUAACCCUGCUCCAACAUGCACACCGGUCCAAUGUCCGGCUCUGACGGCCCCGAAUAACGGAACCGUGAGUCCUACCGGAGCGGUCCCCUACCCAAACGGGGUCACCUUCACCUGUAACACGGGAUACGUACUGAACGGCGCUGCUGCUGCGACGUGCCAAGCUGACGGAACUUGGAGUAACCCUGUUCCAACAUGCACACCGGUCCAAUGUCCGAAUCUGCUAGCCCCAACUAACGGAGCGGUGAGUCCUACUGGGACGAUAUACUACCCAAGCAGUGUCACCUUCACCUGUAACACGGGAUACGUACUGAACGGUGCUGAUACUGCGACCUGCCAAGCUGACGGAACAUGGAGUGAUCCUGUUCCAAUAUGCCCACUGGUCCAAUGUCGGGCUCGGACGGCCCCAACUAACGGAGCGGUGAGUCCUACCGGAGCGGUCUCAUACCCUAACGAGGUCACCUUCACCUGUCACCCGGGAUACGUACUGAACGGCGCUGCUGCUGCGACGUGCCAAGCUGACGGAACAUGGAGUAACCCUGUUCCAACAUGCACACCGGUACAAUGUCCGGCUCGGACGGCCCCAAAUAACGGAGCGGUGAGUCCUACCGGAGCUGUCUCAUACCCAGACGUGGUCACCUUUACCUGUAACACGGGAUACGUACUGAACGGCGCCACUGCUGCGAGGUGCCAAGCUGACAGAACAUGGAGCAAUCCUGUUCCAACAUGCACACCGAUCCAGUGCCCAACUCUGAUAGCCCCAACUUACGGGGCGGUGAGUCCUACCGGAGCGGUCUCCUACCCAAACGGGGUCACCUUCACCUGUAACUCGGGAUUCGAACUUAACGGCACUACUGCUGCAACGUGCCAAGCUGACGGAACCUGGGAUAAUCCUGUUCCAACAUGCACACGCAUUCAGUGUCUGACAUUGACGUCCCCGACUAACGGAGCGGUAACUCCUACCGGUGCGGUCUACUACUCAAACGGGGUCACCUUCACCUGUAACCCGGGAUACGUACUGAACGGCGCUGCUGCUGCGACGUGCCAAGCUGACGGAACAUGGAGUAACCAAGUUCCAACAUGUACACCGGUCCAAUGUCCGGCUCGGACGGCCCCAAAUAACGGAGCGGUGAGUCCUACCGGAGCGGUCUCAUACCCAGACGGGGUCACCUUCACCUGUAACCCGGGAUACGUACUGAACGGCGCCGCUGCUGCGACCUGCCAAGCUGACGAAACAUGGAGUAACCCUGUUCCAACAUGCACACCGAUCCAGUGCCCAACUCUGAUAGCCCCAACUUACGGGGCGGUGAGUCCUACCGGAGCGGUCUCCUACCCGAACGGGGUCACCUUCACCUGUAACUCGGGAUUCGAACUUAACGGCACUACUGCUGCAACGUGCCAAGCUGACGGAACCUGGGAUAAUCCUGUUCCAACAUGCACACUCUGUCAGGUUGCACUUGGGAUGGAAUCCGGCGCCAUACCUGAUGGCAGCAUCACAGCAUCAUCGGACUCUGGGCACAGACGACACUCUUAA